AAGGUCACAUGAUCCAGAAUGAACUCCUCAAAACCAUGUGACUUUUUUGACCAAUGAACGGCCUUGUUUAGUGUCGAGGCGAUCGAGUUCUUCGAUAAACCUGUAUCAACCUUCACCGGGGUACUGUACUCCACUCGACAUGCCAAAUAAGCCGAAAAAAGAAAAGACGACAGCAAAGACGACAGGAAGUGCGAAAACGACGACCAAGGAAAGCACAGAAAAUGUGGAUAACGAGACAGCGAAACGGAAAACAUCGCAAACACCAAAUGCGGAGACUCAUCCUCCACCAUCAUCAAUUUCAAAGCUCAAAUAUCAGGGUCCACCUCACAUAAAAAAAGACAAGCGCCAGAAUUCAUCAAGGUUUAAUGUUUCAAAGAACCGUGAACUACAGAAGCUGCCUCUGCUAAAAGAUGCAACACCUGCAGAAAGGGAGGAGCUAUUUAUUCAAAAAAUUAGACAGUGUACAGUGUUGUUUGACUUUGUGCAAGACCCCCUGAGUGAUUUGAAAUGGAAAGAGGUAAAACGUGCUGCCUUGAAUGAGAUGGUUGAAUAUGUCACACAAAACCGAGGAGUCAUAACAGAAGCAAUUUAUCCAGAAGUGAUUCAGAUGUAUGCUUGCAAUCUGUUUCGAACUUUACCACCUUCCUCAAACCCAAGUGGUGCAGAGUUUGACCCAGAAGAAGAUGAACCCACGCUGGAAGCUGCAUGGCCUCAUCUACAGUUGGUGUAUGAAUUCUUUUUGAGAUUUCUUGAGUCGCCAGACUUCCAGCCCAACACAGCCAAGAGAUACAUCGACCAAAAAUUUGUUUUACAACUUCUUGAUCUCUUUGAUAGUGAAGAUCCCAGGGAGAGAGACUUCUUGAAGACAAUAUUACAUAGGAUAUAUGGAAAAUUUCUUGGCCUUCGUGCUUUCAUACGCAAACACAUAAACAAUAUUUUCUACAGCUUUAUUUAUGAAACAGAGCAUCAUAAUGGCAUAGCAGAGUUGUUGGAGAUCUUAGGAAGUAUAAUCAACGGGUUUGCCCUGCCUUUGAAGGAAGAACAUAAAAUUUUCUUGCUCAGAGUGUUGUUACCCCUCCACAAAGUGAAAUCUCUUAGUGUCUACCAUCCUCAGCUGGCCUACUGUGUUGUCCAAUUCCUUGAGAAAGACCCCAGUCUUACAGAGCAGGUUAUUAUGGGCCUUCUCAAAUUCUGGCCAAAAGUCCACAGUCCAAAAGAGGUUAUGUUUUUAAAUGAACUUGAAGAAAUCUUAGAUGUGAUAGAACCAGCAGAAUUUACCAAAGUCAUGGUGCCACUCUUCAAGCAGCUGGCAAAGUGCGUCUCAAGUCCACACUUCCAGGUGGCUGAGCGAGCCUUGUAUUUUUGGAAUAAUGAAUACAUCUUGAGUCUGAUCAGUGACAGUGUGGCCAGCAUAAUGCCCAUCAUGUUCCCAGCACUGUAUAAGAGCAAAGAGCACUGGAACAAAACAAUCCAUGGUUUGAUAUACAAUGCACUCAAGCUGUUCAUGGAAAUGAACCAGAAACUCUUUGAUGAUUGCACACAACAAUACAAAGCAGAGAGGCAGAAAGAAAAAGAAAAGAGCAAACAAAGAGAUGAAGCAUGGAACAGGAUUAGUUCCCUGGCGCAAGACAACCCUCAGUAUAAAUCUUUAUUGUCAUCACCGGUUUCCUCAAAUAACACUGGCAACUCGCCAACGCCGGCUAAUAUGACCAACGAUGAGGAAGGCGAUGUUCUCUCCACAAUGGAGAAAUUGGAAGCCGAGGCGAAGGAUGUGGGUUUCUCUUGUAAACAAGAUCUUAAUAAUUUACAAGAACAACGGAAAAAAGUGCAGAUGACAAGUGAAGGGGCUGAAGAAGAAGCCCCGUGACAAGCCCUUGCUGCGACGCAAGUCUGAGUUGCCUCAUGACAUGUCCAUGAUGCGAGCAUUGGAAAGUCACAAGCGAGCUGAUGAGUUUCUUUUAACUAAUUCUGAGGGCAACUGACCCCACCAGGGCUGCUUAGAUUGGUCUGCCAUCCUUCAACCUUGUCUUGAUCACCAUCAGCGCCUGUGCUGCAUCUCUGAACUUCACAUGGGAAGAAUUAGUUUUGUUUUGUGGAAAUAGGGGUAGAAGAGCUGGGGCUCAAUUUUUGAGUUUGCCUUUCUUCUGAAAAUGCCUGUAUGGUGAUUUUUUUCUAGGGGUGUGGACCAUUUUUUUACAACCACCCCUUUGGCUCAUUGACGUAAAUAUUUUCUUUUAUUGUAAAAAUCAUGGGAGGACUGCUUCACAUUGAAAAAUAAAAAGGGACCUGCCAAGUUAGGUUUUUUUUUUUAAAUAGUCAACCAUGUUUCACUCCUCAUGUCAUCUUCCACUUUUCAUUGACAUUGUUUUCAUCGUUGUUGAUGUCUCCCACUAUCUCAGCUGCCAUAUUGUUUUUAUUUAUUUAUUUUUUUUUUUUGCACAUCACAAUCAGAAACAGAUGCUCUUCCCCUUCUCUUUUUUCACUAACCCCUGCAAGAGGAGCAGCAUGGGAGCUUGAUGCAAUGGGAGCCAAAAUAUAACAGGGAAGAGCUUGGCACUUAAAAGGUUCGGGUUUUGAUUGCAUUUGUCUCACGGUCUGCUCGUUAAUGCAGAAGCAUUCCCCAGAGUAACCUGCAUGGACGUGUGCGUGUGUGUGUGUCUGAAUGCUGGACUUAAUGCAUGUAAGACUCAUUGAAGUUCAUUCUCUUUUAUCAUCUGUGACGUUAUAAACUUUGGGAGGGGAUUUCCUCCCCUCCCGCUUUUUUUGAAAACAUGGAAACAUUGGAAGUUUGUUUGUCCAUGGGUACAUUGAUGUGGUAGCUGCUUUGGAUACAGUCAUGUGGGUAGUGCUUGUACUCACAUUUUUGUGUGGUUGACUAAGCAGACGAGUGCACAUCCACAGGAAUUUCUUUUAUUAUUUUUUUUUAAAGCAAAAUUGUAAAAAUAUUGAACAAAUAUAUAAAGCAUUUCUUAAAUUCAUAGAAUUAUUUUUCGCAAUUACCAGUAAAAUUCCCAUAGAUUGUCUCUAUGUUUUUAUGGACUUUUCAGAUUGUAGGGUCAUUUAAUAGCUUAACAAUAGUGUUCUGGGUUGCAGAAUAUUAACCUUACAGGCCUGGUCUGUUAAAGAGCUGAUUAGAUUUUCAUGGUAGAUUUAUCCUAUAAGAAAUGCUCAUCUUUUGACAAAAAUGUUUUGGAGACAAUAAGUUAGAGGAAGAGUAGUCUCCUACACUUGCUAGAAUGGGUAGAAGCUUUUCAUUUCAGUGUAUUGUGUGAUUUCUUACAUUAUUGGCUAAAAUUUUAACCCUAGUUUACAACAACCAUCACAUUACUUUGGUUUGGUAUAUAUAUCUGUGUUCUAAAGGCAAGGGAAACAAAAUGGCAUGUGCCCCAGCACAAUGUCUGAGCAUGGGAAAAGCAGUCUGUCUUGUGGCUUGCCUGAAGUGAGUGCAGUUUUAUUUUGCCCAUGCAAUUCUGAGUGCAAGUUAGUCUUUGAUUCUCAGUGCUUCUGUAAAUGUAAAUGAGCUGUAAGAAGUCAACGUGUGUAAAUGGAUUGGCAAGUGUGUAUUAUCUUCAUCGUUUACUUUUUGAGAUAAAAUGUGAUGAAAGAACUGUGUGCAGAUGAUUGAUAAUAAUAGUUGGCAAUGCUUGCUGUUUCCCCACCUCACUAAGUUUUACUUUUGUACAGUUUCUUUUGCCAGCAUUGGUCAAACAAAAUGAGAAAAAAAGCCCAUUUUCAUCUUCAGUUAAUGCUGGAAAACAAACGUCCUGAACUCUAGGUUGGCAGCUGAUCUCUGUAGCUUACAUUUGCUCUGUAAACUUCGCUUGCUGUCUGGGCUAUGUGAAAUGAAUUUCAGUGCGGAGUGAAUGGUGUAGUUGGUUUCUUAGCCUGAGAACUGUACACAGUUUUUGUGUCAAUCUGCUGUAAUGUAGGUAUUAAUUCCCCACCCCCCCUUAUUUUUCCCGUUUCCUUUUUUUGUGUUUGUAUGAGUGCUUUAUCUCUCUCAUUUAAAUCGUUUGCAUAGCCUUGCCUCACAAACGUAGUACACUUGCUAUUGCUCUCAUGACCUAAAGGCUUAGUGCUUGGGGCUCAUGUACAUAAAUAGACAUAAUUUUAAUAAAUUUUAGGAUGGGUCAAACUUUGUGAUAAACAUCUGAUGCAGCUAUCUGUCAAACUUGGAGAACAUGCUGAAAUUAUUUUUAGGGAGUACUGUUACUGAUUUUUUUUUUGGGGGGUGGGUGGGUGUAAGAAUGGUCAAAAAGGAAGAAAUUCCAAUAAAUGUUUUUCUAAUUUAGUACCUCACAACUUGUAACCAGGGGGUAGCAGCUGUCACAAAAAAGGGUACUGUUAAUUGGUAGAAAUGAUAUUUAAAGAUCUGUUGUCAUUUGCAUCCAAAGAGCCUAACCAAAUCCCAGCAUUUGCUCCAUUUGUUUUAUCAGUCCAAAAUUGACCUACUUGGUUAUUUUUCUUUUCUUUUUUACUUUUAUUUAUCAUUUUGCUCCUGACUUGAUAUAAAAAGCUAUUCCAAUAAAAAGAAAAAAGAGCAAUUAAUGGUUGGCAAUUAAUAUGGUACGAACUCAUAACAACAUGAAAUUUUUGUUCUAUCAUCUUAUGCCAAACAUUUUUGUACACAAUUUUGAAAACCAGAAAUCAUUUUUAAAUUUUUUAUUGUAUUUUACUAUCAAGUCAAGUAGCUGCUAAGUUUCCCAGCAGUCAUGCCAUGAUCUGCAGAUUGCUGUCAAGCACCAUCUGUGAAAUGAGGCAGUUUGUCCCAGCAGGCAUUGCGGUGUUGCAUUGAGAAAUGAACUCACAGGAGUCCUGAUAAUAUUUUUCUCCUAAUGAAAUGAUGGCAGAAGCCUGUUAACUCGUCCUGUACAGUCUGCACCAGUGAAUGCGAAUGUCUUCAUAGCUAUAGCUGAAUUGCAUGGAUAACACCCAUAUUGAAUGAGUUGAUAGUUGAUUAAAUACAAUGCAUUCCUUUCGUGGGAUCAGUAAUAAAAAAGAAUUGCUGAAUUAUUCCAGUUUGUAGUAGUUUAAGCAUACCAGCUGAAAAAUCCCGUUUUAGAGUGUUGUUAUGGACAAGGGGAUUUUUUUUUUUUUUCUUUUUUGCAGGAUUUAUUUUUGGUGGUUUACCCCCACAUGAACUUUAAGAGCAUGCCCACACAGCUAUGACCAUAAUAAAUGUUUUUAUUUGCUUUCUUAUUUAAAUGUAGAACGAGGCUAAUGUCAGAGCAACUUCAUCAUGUUCAUCGGCUUGUUUGUGUGUGUGCGUAUGCAUGCAUGCAUUUUCUGUUUUGAAUUGCUGGAGCAUAACAUUACUGUUUUCAGUGUACUGUCUACAUCAUUUUAAAAAAACAUUUCCAUGUCCAUUUGGAAAUUGCAUAUUUUAUUGGGCCAUUUAGUGGCCAGUAUUAAGAACUAUGUCUUGGCGAAUACCUUUUCAUGAAACAAAAUAAUGUGAAGAAAAGAAAUUCUUUUCAUGGAUUACACACUCAAACAUGUCAGUACUUCAGCAUAUUACUCAAUUUCAGGCUUGCAUUGGUAUGUAUGUGUAUGUACAAGGCAUGUGAUGAAUUAUAAAUGAUUGAGAAACCAGUGAAAUAUGUGGCCGUUUUAUGUGAUCAAAGUAAGCUAAGUCACUUUUAGCUGGUUGUUGUCAUCUGUAUAAUUGGGGGAGGGGGGAUAAAAUUCAUCGUCACCAGUACUAAAUCUAGAUUCUAAAAACUGCAUAAGCUGUUUAAAAAAUAUGUAAGCUGGUGAGUUUGUAUUGUAUCUUGCAAUUAGAAAGUAAUUAUAAAAUUGUGAUUAGUGAAAGACGAGGCACAGCAAAUAACACAGGCUUUUAUACACAUUUUGAUGCAUACUAUGUCUUGUAAUUAUAAAUAAACUCAAAUUUUGUAUCACUCAUAUUUCUGUUCUCAACCUUGAAGACAACCUCCUGUUUUAUGGGCUCAAGUUAAUGGCAUAUCACUGUCUUCAGGAGCCUCUUUUUAACGCCUGGUAUUUCAAGAAAUUGCAUGUUAUUUGUUCAUUGACUAUUGCCAUCUCUUGACAACAAACAUCCAUGUCGUCUACAUAUCCUAGGCUUGGUCUUCCUGUCCCAGUCUUAUAAUACACUUGUGGCUCUGGCAGUGCUACAUCAACAGCAUUGUUUAACAUUUCCAGUUCAGCCUGUUGCUAUGUUUGAAAGCUAAGGAUGUCACAAUUUCUGGAAAGGACCUGGCAUCCUUGGGAAAAGUGUAAGCAGUGACAAGUGACACAAGCCACAGCGAUUGAACACUUUGGUGUGCAUUGACAAGUGUUCAAGAUGAGGGGAGAGGCAUUUGACGGCACCAUCUGUAAAUUGCAGAACUUUCAACAAAAACAGACAAGUCUAACAAGCAUCUAGUUGUGAAUGCUGAGUCUUUAAGAAGUUUGCAAGAAUUGUAAAUACUACUUUAACCAGCAAAAUUGGGGUUUGCUGUUUUCAAGGGUUUGAUAUUCACUCUCCCUUUCCCCCAACUCCUGGCGGGUGAGAGCAAGAGGGUGAAAAGUUAGUUUUUCUCCCCCAACCCAACCUCCACCUUAAGUUUGCAGAUAAACAAGUCCGUACAGCCAUGAGUAAAGGAAUAACAACUAUUUUGUGUGUUAACAGUAGUGGCAGGUGGAUAUGAAAGGUCUUCACUGUGUGAUGAGAAAGAUCUGCAUGUGUGCAAGAAUUUGUUUUUAACCCUUUUUUUUCACCUCUCUUUAAACAAUGGUAUGUUAAGAAGUGUUCUGGUGUGCUUACAUCAGACAGAGCAACUGUAAAUUAGGCUUUUCAUUAUGAGAAGUGUAUUAGAUGUGUAUGUUGUAUUUGUAAUCCUGCAUAGCAUUGCCUCUCUUGUGACAUAAUGCAAUGGUCAUCUGUCAGCGACAGAUGACUGUAAACAAGCAAAGUGUUUAACAAAAAUCAUUGGUGUCCAGUAGCUGGUUUUGUAUUUAUGUCAGCGUUUUACUCUUCAGUGCAGUAAGACAAUUAAAAUGUUUUGUAUAUGUGUCCCCCACCUGCGGGGGUUAUAGGUUUGUUUUUUUUUUUUUUUGUCUUUUUGUGGUCAGUUUUCCCCUUAUUUUUAUGUGUCCAUGGGAUUACCUCACAGUCCAUGCAUAGUAAAAAUGGAGAAGACCAGCUGUGAUUUCUACCUGUUCAUAUUGGAACAAUUAGAUUUUUAUGAGAGAGAGAAAGGAGAAAAAUGAUAGUCUUUAAAAAUACAAGGAUGGACCUAUUUUAACUUUUGUCUAGCCAAGAAUGUGCUAUAGUAAUCACCUUUUUAUGGUACAUAUAAGAAAGAGCGUGAAAUGUCUGACAGUUGAUAAUAAACUGACGAUAAAGAAGGUC